GGGAUGUGUUGGCCCGAUCCCAAAUCCUUCCGUCUGGAGUAUAAAGUGCGCUACAGCGGCGGGGUCCAGAAGGCAUUAUUUCACAGGCGACGUAGUGCACUUAUACAGGGGGCAGGGAGCCGUUUGGCCUACAGCCAUUGGUGCAAGUUAAAUCAAGCAGGCAGGAAAAAAAAAAAAAACAAGAAAAGGAAAGGAGGCGUCCGGUUGUGGGAAGCAUUCCCAAUUCCUCAGGCUGCCUUUUUGUCAUGCUAGCAUAGCCAUGCAAUCUCUACCGGUUCCGGUUUAAAGUCUAGUUUUUUCCCCCCCCAUCUUCUUCUUCUUCUCUUCCCUCUUUCCCAGUGUUUGGUCUCCAUUCCUCUUCUUCUGUUAGUGACGCGACCGGAUUUAUAUAACGGAUCUGAUCACCAACAAUAAGGGGCAGUGCGGAGAGCCGGCGGUUUCGCGGUUGUUAUGUGGAGCAUGGACACAGCGGCGCGGCGGACCGGCCUCGUUCUUCUGUAGCAAUUUUGUUGCACUUUUCAGUGUUUGAAGUGUCCGCGCGAGUCAGAAGAGACGCAUGAGAAUAAAAGAAGACACGUUUGCGUGAAGGCUUGAUAAUGGGCUGCGUCAAAAGCAAAGAAGACAAAGGACCAUCGCUGAAGUACCGACCAGAUGCUUCUAACCCGACCCCUGUUCCCUCUCACAUGGGCCACUAUGGACCAGACCCCACACAGAUGGGCCAGUCACCCGUCCCUAAGGGUCCCAACAACAGCUACAACAGCCAUGCCUCCGCCAUCACUCCAUUCGGAGGCUCCUCGUCUGUCAUCACUCCCUUCGGCGGAGCCUCUUCUUCCUUUUCCACAGUGACCGUGAGCAACCCCUUCCCUGGUGGCGUCACAGGUGGCGUGACGUUUUUUGUGGCCUUAUACGACUAUGAGGCCAGGACAUCCGACGACCUCUCAUUCAAAAAAGGCGAUCGAUUCCAGAUCAUCAACAACACAGAGGGAGACUGGUGGGAGGCCCGUUCCAUCAACACAGGCAAGAAGGGCUACAUUCCCAGCAAUUACGUGGCCCCUGCAGACUCCAUCCAAGCUGAAGAAUGGUACUUUGGGAAAAUGGGACGCAAAGAUGCCGAGCGACUGUUACUGGUUCCUGGAAACCAGAGAGGGACGUUCUUGGUCAGGGAGAGCGAGACAACAAAAGGAGCCUACUCUCUCUCCAUACGUGACUGGGAUGACAUGAAGGGUGACAAUGUGAAACACUACAAAAUCCGCAAGCUCGAUAACGGUGGCUACUACAUCACCACGAGAGCCCAGUUUGAUACACUGCAGAAACUGGUCAAACACUAUACAGAGCACGCAGACGGACUCUGUUACAGGCUCACUACUGUCUGUCCGACUGUGAAGCCCCAGACUCAGGGCCUGGCUAAAGACGCCUGGGAGAUCCCACGUGAAUCGCUCCGUCUGGAACUCAAACUGGGCCAAGGCUGCUUUGGAGAGGUCUGGAUGGGCACCUGGAACGGUACCACCAAGGUGGCGAUUAAGACGCUGAAGCCUGGCACCAUGUCCCCCGAGGCAUUCCUUCAGGAGGCCCAGAUCAUGAAGAAGCUCAGGCAUGACAAGCUGGUGCCUCUUUAUGCCGUCGUGUCUGAGGAACCCAUUUACAUCGUGACUGAGUACAUGGGCAAAGGGAGUUUGCUGGACUUUCUAAAGGAAGGCGAAGGCAAAUAUCUCAAGCUUCCACAGCUAGUAGACAUGGCAGCACAGAUCGCCGAUGGCAUGGCCUUCAUCGAAAGGAUGAAUUACAUCCACAGGGACCUGCGGGCAGCCAACAUCCUUGUGGGAGAAAACCUGGUGUGCAAGAUCGCUGAUUUUGGCCUGGCCAGGCUGAUCGAGGACAACGAAUACACCGCAAGACAAGGAGCCAAGUUCCCCAUUAAAUGGACAGCACCCGAGGCAGCUCUUUAUGGCCGCUUCACCAUCAAAUCUGACGUCUGGUCUUUCGGUAUCCUGCUGACUGAGCUGGUCACCAAAGGCAGAGUGCCAUACCCAGGCAUGGUGAACAGAGAGGUUCUGGAGCAGGUCGAGCGAGGAUACAGGAUGCCGUGUCCUCAGGGCUGUCCCGAGUCUCUGCAUGAGAUGAUGCAUCUGUGCUGGAAGAAAGAACCUGACGAGCGACCCACUUUCGAGUACAUCCAGUCCUUCCUAGAGGACUACUUCACCGCCACCGAGCCGCAGUACCAGCCCGGAGACAACCUGUGAGCUGCCCGCUUGGUGGCCAACCGGCUUGCUGCUUCUCCCCCUGACCCAUCCACACACAUUUGCUCCUGUUUUUGUUCUGUUUUCAGCGGUGUUCAAGGCACCACUUAACACCCUUUAGAUUUUUUUGGUUUUUGUUUAACCCUAUGUUGAGUUCAGGAUAAGUGUGAAGUGGAAUUCUUUAGGGGAAGCAAGUGGUUUGGAACAGAGAGGAAGCUGGAGAGAAAGUAAUGACCGUAGUGCUGAUUGCAUAAAUGUCUGUCUGCAGUUUCUUUUUUUAUUGUUUUUAGUUUUCCCACAAACACUAUGUUUUCUGCCAGUUUUAAGAUCGAGAACUGAUUCCUCUUUUUCUUUUUUUUUGGUAUCAUUGAUUUUUACCUUCAUUACACUUCUUUUUUUUUUUUCAAUAAUUUUGUUAGUUUGUUUAAAAAAGAAAAAAAAAGUGACCAAUAACUGUGGUUGAAAACGACGGUAUUGCCUCAGACUGUCGGUGAUGCUGUGAUGGGGAGAUGAAUAGAGAACGAGAGAGAACGAGAAAGAGAAUAUUUGCCAUUAUGAAUGUAUGAGCAGAGUGUAAGCAUGACCGAGAUGAAAGAGUGCGACUUUGUAAGUUAAAAUAGUGGUGAAAAAUAAAUGGGAAAGAUUUUUAUGAAUGAAUGAAUUAAUUAAUAAAAAGACAUGAUUUUUUUGUAAUCUGUUAAGACUUGAUCCAUCAUAAUUGAUGAUUUAUUUUUAAGAACUUUUUCUUAGUGCCAGCCAAAAAAAAAAGGCAUCCAAACACUGCAGUAAGCGUACACUAAGACAUGGAUCCCUUGUGUCAGUUCUGCCAAGUGCCAGUUCUGGGACAAACCUGUUUAUAAUUUGUGCACAUCAUUUUUAUUUUAUUUUUUUAUUCUUCAGUGUUUUAUGUCUGUAAUUCUCUAAAAACGUCUCUGUUUAAUCAGCAUAAUACUUCCCGGAGUUUGAAUUCCAUGUUAUUCCCACCAUGGAUGAUCUAAUGCACAUCGUUUGGUUUUUCUCGCCAGAAAAACAAAAUUGAGCCCCCAAUUCUGCUUGAAUGUUAAGUCACCUUUAAUGUGGAAUUGAAGAGCUUUAUGCCUCAUGAUCACAUUCUCACCUCCAUCAUUAAGAGCUCAGACUAUAGAACUAUAAGUUCAGAGACUUAAUUUCAGAGAAUCAGUGUUGAAGCUGUUCAGUCUAGAAUUUGAUUUUAUUAUAAGAGCACCAAAAUCAGUGAAUCAGAUGAAUUCUUCAGGUCUACGAAUACGUUUUACAAUGUUUAGUGUUGGAAUCAACAAUAGUGUAUGCGCUGUUUGUUCAUACUCUGUUAAAGAAAUAAUAAAACCCCUACAUUUCAUAUUGGAACAGAACCGUUCAUGUUUGUAUCACUGAGAUACUUUUUAGGAAUAGAUGAAAUCAUGUCCUUCUUAAUAAGGCUGUUCCAUCACUUUCUGCAACUCUGUCGCUCUCCACGGGUUGGCGAUUACAAUUCUAAUACGAGCACCGUUGGUUAAAAAAAAAUACACUAAAUACUAAAAAUCUUAGAAGUGCUGAAUGAGAGAGUUUUAAAAUUGGGAACAGAAAACAUGGACUUUCUGGGUAUUUAAUUUAAACUGAUUUAAUGGCUGUGUUUGAAAUGCGCCUGGAUGCAAAUCUAUAAAUGUGAAUUUAGUUGGUAUAGAAAGCAGAGAAAACUAGUAACCCUAUAUUAAGAGUUUACACAUAUGGAGCUGUGUUGUGUCUGCCGGCGGUUUCUGACGUCAGUUUAAAUGCACUUCGUGUGAACCAAACACUCGCAUUGUGAAGGAGCAAAGCUGAAAAGCCUCCUGUCAGUAGAGAGGGUUUACCUUUGUUCUCCUGUGUCAUUGUCCCUUUGUCUCCGUCUCAGGGGGCUCCGUCAUAAGCACGGACCCCUCCUCUCUCCCUUUUCCCCAGAAAUCUGUCUGGUUUUCAAAGGGCUAUGGACCAGUUUGAUGAUUCGCUUUUGUUCUUUCAUGGAGACUUUUUUGAAGACGAGAACUGAUGCGCUUUGGCUGCAGGGUUGAAAUCUGAGUACGGGGGCGGGGGGUUGGGGGGUGUACCGUCAUGUUGGCAACGAAUUACUAACCUAAAUAAUUUGUACAGUGAAAAAUAAAGUUGUAUGUAAUGCUUUUGA